CACACACACACACACACACACACACACAUACAUGCACAAGACACACGUAUGUGUAGGUGAGCGUCUGUUUAUAUAUGUGCGGAUAGCCUGAGGGAUAUCUAUCUUUACCGUUCUCCCACUGUGAUGAUUGCAGAUAAACAAGAAGGCUUUCCCAUAAUCACAAGGAUGAGGAGGAGAAGUCUUAUGCUUUUAACAACAUUACGCACCCUUCUAUGAUAAAGAAGAGUUUUAUUUUAUAUUUUAUCCGUCAUUUCUAUUUUUAACAUUUUUUUUUUUUCCAAAAAAAAAGAAAACGCAUUUUACUGAAAGUUUUUUCGGAAAGUUUUUGUUUGUUUUUUGUUGUUUUUUUUUCACACUCGUUGCUACCUCGUAUUUCUCUGAAACCGAUAUCACUGAAUAAUAAUUUUACAAACUCGGAACCGACAAGUUUGAUGGCACCAAACACAGAUGUCAAUGAUGUUUAUUACUACAAGUACCUGUUCACAUGUACGAUGUUGCUAUUUCUUAGCUUGCGUACUUGCACAUAAGUUUCCAUAAUCGUUUGCGGAAUAAACAACCACGUACACACACACACACACACACAUUUAGCCUGUUUCAACCUGGUUUGACACUUGUAAGGUAACAAACAGAUUUACUUACAAACCAUCUUUUAUUUUAGUGUUAUUUAUUGAUUUUAACUUCAUUAAAAAAACACCAUUUACAUUCAUCAUUAAACAAAUAACCUCACAAUCAUACGCACAUACAUUCGUAAAAUCGAAACAUUCACAAUCAUUUCAUAUUUUGCAUAUUUAUUACUGUAAAUAAUAAUAGUAUCAUUAUUAUUAUUAUUAUUAUUAUUAUUAUUAUUACAGCUGCUGCUGUUGUUUUUAUAAGUCAGGAAGUUUCAUAUGUUUGUUUGUUUGUUUUUUUAUUGUAUUUAUUAAGAAAAGUUUGAAAUUCUUCGAAUGCAUACAAACUACUCUUGUGUUUCCAUAUAUUUCUGUGCUUCUCUGUGUACAUAACUGUAUGUAUAUAUAUAUAUAUAUAUAUAUAUAUAUAUAUAUAUAUAUAUAUAUGUACUGCUGUGUCUCUAAAUGUUUGUAUAUGUAAGAGUUAAGGUUUCUAUGCAUGAAUCUCGGUUGGUUUAAGAUUGGCGGAAUCAUCAUUUCAAAUAUGUAAACAACACUAGUAGCAGCAGCAACAAUAACAAAAACAACAGCAUACUCUAUUCAGACAGAAAUUGCUUCACAUAACAUUCUUUUACUGGUAAUUCUGAUUUGCGUGUUUGUGUGCGUGUGUGUAUCUGUACGUCUGCUUGUCUGUCAUUACAUAUUUAUAUAUAUUUAUUUAUAUUUACUCACAUAGAUGCAUGCCUACGUAUAAAUACAUGCACAUGUACAUACAUACACACACACACACACACACACACACACACACCCACACACACAUACACACACAACACUAAAUGUAAAUACACAUUUUAAUAAACAUGCAUGUGCGAGUAUGUUUUACUUUUAUUGAGGAAUAUAGUUUUGAAUUUAAAACUACUACGAUACUUGUGUAAAAAAAAUAUAUAGAUACAUGAAUAUAUACAAACGUUCAUAAACACAUUUAUAAAUACAUACAUACGUACGCACUAACAUAUAUAAAUAUAUGACGUGUGUGGUAUUAUGUAUGUAUUUAUAUUUAUAUAUGAUUAAUUCCAUAGUUAUUAUAAGUUAUAAUUUAUCAUAGAUUUUUAAUAUAUUUGAAAAGGAAAAAUAUACGUGCCUAAUAAGUACACACACACAAAAAAAAACAUAAAUACAUUCAAAUAUUGCCUUAAGAAAUGGAUCAACGGAUGUACGGAAUGAAUGCCCCGGCACUGCACCAUUAUCCCGCCACAUUCCCAACGACAUAUGGUUUGGCACAGUCUUUCCAAAGACAAACGCCGUUUUCUUCCAUGUACGGAGCUGCUGGACUGGGAAACAGUGGACUUGGAUAUUCAGCUCACCAAGCAGCAUCCGAAUGGGGUUUCCACCAUGGUACGUCAAACUUAUCCAUGAACCUGAACGGAGGACUUAACGGGAGUUGUGCAGCGGCCGCGGCCGCGAACUUUUUAUCGUCAAGAGACUCGGUGGUGGCACAGGAGUACUUUACAAAUGCCGCCAACUCAGCGUCGCAAGUGGCCGGACCGCUGUCCUCCGUGAUGACAGGAAGUAUGCUGUCGACGGUGAAGAGCAUGACCAACGGUGGUGUCGGUGGCGGAGGAGGCGGUGGUGGUGGAGGUGGAGGCGGUGGAAACGGUGCAAGUGACGGUGGAGGCGGCGGCAGUGGUGGUGCCGGUGGUGGUAUUGGCUCAGGUGUCGCUGGACACGUUUCUGGACAUAGCAUCGUUGGUGGAGGUGCCAAUUCUGUACCGUAUUGUGAUUCCAUCAAUUCCUCCAGUUACGCCACCCCUUUCUCCGCCAUCCACCCCGUUUCAUUAGCCAUGCAAUCAGCCACAACCAACAUCACAUCAAAAACAUCAGAUUCUCAUAACUCGUCAUCGUAUAAACUUGAUUUAACAACUAAGCCCAGAAAAGAAAGGACUGCAUUUACAAAACAUCAAAUACGGGAAUUGGAAAAAGAAUUCGCAAUUCACAAUUACCUCACCAGACUUCGGCGUUACGAGAUUGCUGUUGCUCUUGAUCUUACAGAACGGCAGGUUAAAGUCUGGUUCCAGAACCGUCGGAUGAAAUGGAAACGAGUAAAAGGUGCACAACUAGUAAAAGACAAAGUGACUGGCCAGUUGAAACCUCUGAUGACUUCUAGUGUCACUUCUACUGGGAGUCCGAUAAGAGCGUAUGGCGAUUCGCUAAAAGAAGGGAAUUCUGUGAUAAAACAAACAGAUUUUGAUUAUCACGACGAAGUGAAGGAAAAACUUGCCAAGCAAUCAUGACCGUUUGUAGGUUCCCAUUUGGAUCCUGCAUGGCCAUAUACAUACGAAUACAAAAUCACACAGUCACACAGACAAAAACAAAGAUGUGUGCCCUUUACGUACGGAGCUGUUGAAGCCUUAGUUUCAAACAAUAAAAUUGAAACUAGAUUUAUCUGAAGGCUAUUAUACAUAUAUUCGGGACCUACUUACAAUGACAUCCAGUAACAUAUAUGCUCCGAAGCGGCAGCAAUACUAUGUGGGCUUGAACCAGAAUCAGUGAGUUUAACGUGUGCAACACGAUUAUUAACCAAUUUCUGAAUAAAAAAAAGAAAUGUGUAUCAAUAUUUACAUUUUUUUUUUAAUUGCUGAAACGAUGAUGAAAAAUAUUAAAUAAAAAUCACUAUUAUCUGUGAGGAAAAUUAAAGAAAUUAUUUCUAUUAAAGAUUCAUUGAACUGUUGAUUGAUUAACGAGCAGAGAUAUUGACUGAUUGUCGUACAGGUUGUUUGUCUGAUAAACUUAUUAGACCGAUCUCGUACCACUUAACGAACUACACUAUAGAGGCGUAUGAGCUUCAUUUAGCAAACAGAUUUACUGAACACAGACUCUGGCGCAAAACUUCUGACAGAAUUAGUUUCUGGAUACAUAAAAACGGAUUCCAUGUUGGUUAAAAAAUUCUCUUCAUUCAUUUGUAAAUUUUUUGUAGAUUUGUUAGAAGGACUGGAGGGUUUGCUUCCUGAGAUACUAUCCCAGGUGCCAUUGAUGUCAAAAUAUAGCUGAACAGGGAGGUGCUAUAUCCCACUCUCACUCAACUCACUCUCUAUUUCUCUUGAUCUCAUCCCAAUUUGAUGAAAUUACUGGUUUCACCUAAACUGUAAAAACACAAAUUAUUAUGAGGGGCUUAACAAUAACAAAACUCCCAUUCAGUCAAAGGAACGGAAGGACAAACUAUUCUAAGACAGACAGACAGACAAAACAAUGAUACACCAGUAAUAUCAAGAGACAAGCAGCUUAUUUCAUUGAUCAUGUUUUUCGCUUUUCCCAUUUCCCCUUGAUUUUUCUUUCUUUCUUUUUUCCUUUUUUUUUUUUUGACAUUUUCAAGAUAUCUGUAAUUUUCUUCAAAAAUUUUAAUCAUUUCUCUUCUUUCUGGAAAUAGAGUAUUCUUUAUCAUAAAACAGGAAUAUCCUUCAGAAGAAAUUACUGGGACUUGAAUCAAGAACAUCUACAAACUAUUCCGAUGUGAUUCAUACAUGUCAAAAUAGAACAUUGUAUCACAGACGCUACCAAGCAAAAAUAAUAAAAACCACCAUAUUUUAGGAGAGAAACUAACGACUUACUAAACAUGGAAACAAUGAAACAUUAUAGAACCUAAAUAUACUAAUAUCCAUUUUUUCCCCUUCUUCUUGGCUUUUAAAGCAUUCUUUCAGAAACUAACUCCUAGAGAUUUUUCAAAUGAAAUAAUAAAGAAAAACGACUACAGGAAGAAUAUGUA